AUGGAUGAACACACGGCUAGACUUCAGGAGAUGCUGAGAAGUGAGCGGGCCAAAAAUUUCUCUUCUUGGCAGUGCACCCGUCUGCAGCUGCAGUGUAGCCAGCAGGAGGUCGAGCUGCGACAUCGAGAGCUGCACAGCAACAGAUUGAAGGAGCGGCUAUCACAGCUGACCGAUAGACAAAAACUUAAAGGACCCUCCAUUGAGGUGCUGAACUUUCCACCAGGAGGCAGAGGCAAAAGAGAGCAGCCAAUCAAAUCAUUCAGGACCACUGCAAAAAGGGAAGAAGCAACGCUGCGUGUGAUGCUGGAACGCAGAGAAGCAGAGCUCAGAGAGGCGAUGAAGCUGCGACACAGCCUCACCACCUUACUUCAUGCACUCAGAGUCGACAUGGAGCAGGUCAUUUCCUACUGCGUGGAUGUGGCUCAAGAAGGAGACAAAAGGUUGGAUCAAGCUGAAGUAGCACUUGGUGAACAUGUGACCGGUGGAGUCAUCCAGAGUUGGAGGCAGGUGCAGAUUAGACUGCAGGACGUGCUGUCUGCAGGCCAAACUGCUGCUGGCACCGACCACGACAAGCUCCUGGUUCAGCUGGAAACGGAACUGAAAGAGAGUCAACAGCUUGUCAGGUUACAACAGCAGCUCCUGCAGGACAGUCUUGCCUCACCCAUCCCAUCUGAACUAGCCGAUUCCUACUUUUUGGAAGAGUGGGAACGUCUUCAGGCCCACUGGGCAGAACUGGAUCAUCAGAGGAGGACUUUUGAGAGGGAGCGGCAGUCCUUCACUGAUGCUGCCAUUCGACUGAGUCAUGAGCGCCGUGAUUUUGAACAGCAGAAGGCUGCUCUUGUGAAGCAGCAGUAUCUCUGUGACUCACCACUGUUUGGAGGAGCAACAAACGACAACAGGAGGGAAAGCACUGCUUUUAAUUUUUCAGGUUUGGGGCCCAACAAUAUAUCCGACUGUCUUCCGCUUUCUCCGUCAUCUACCGGGUCUGGGAUCGCUGCUGUUUCUGGAUUACAUCAGGGGAGAACCAGAGUUCAAACCCCCACUACUCCUGAACUCUACUCUGCCUUCAAUCUAUUGCACACCUGCAGAUCCAGAGUUGUUGAUCACCAGUCAGAGACAUGGGAUGAUGGGGUUGACGGGAUCAUGGACACACCUCAGGCUCCAUGUGUAGACUGGCCAUUUUACUACAAUACUGAAGAUGUGCAGUAGCACCGAAAAGCACAUUGUACUUUCAAUUUUCCUUUUUAAAAUAAUCAAUAAAGCCUAAUUGUAUUUUUAAUCUGUUA